AGACACAAAAACAAAUUAAAAUGUGUGGAACAAGUUUAAAAAAAUUGGCAUUGACAGUGUGUCUCUUCAUAGGAACCACGCUGAUUAUUGAAAUCUUUGAAUUGAAUCCACAGUACAAAAUUAAGGACUGGAAUAUGCCAACUAAAUUGUCCAAAUUCAAAUCAGCUGAGUUGUCAACAAUGAAGAUCCUCAAAGAAAGACGCCUCCAGUUGGAGAAAAUGUGUGCCAAACACCCAAAUAUUUCAAAGAAUAAUAUUAAAGGUAGUUCCAUUAUGGUUGGAAAACAAUAUCCUUUUGUAUAUUGUGACAUCCCAAAGGUGGGCAGUAGCACUUUCAAAAGAGUUCUAUAUAGCCUUGAAAAAAACAUAUCCAAUCCUUACAAAAUGCAGGCAAUAGCAGUACAUGGUAAUGGCGAUGUGGGAACAUAUAUUGUUAAACAAGAUGACAUAGAUGUAAAAAUGUUGAAAAAAAUAGAAAAUUACACUAGAAUUAUAAUUGUACGAGAUCCAAUUGAUCGGCUUAUAUCUGCAUAUUGGGACAAAAUGUACAGCCUUAACCCAACAUUCUGGUGUAGGAAGAGCAUUGCGAGUACGAUAUUCAACCUCUACAGAAGUGAAAAAGUGUCAAUGGAUAACAUAUCAACAGUUAAAUCCUUUAAUGAAAGCGAUGAGAUAUCAACUAAAAAAAACACGACGAUACCUCAAUGCAUAUGUGAUAUAUCAUUUAAAGAAUUUCUAGGAUUUAUCAUAGAACAGGAUAACAAACACAAAAACUUUGACAAACACUGGCGCCCCCUAUACAAGAAUUGUAACCCAUGUAAGGAUCUGAAAUAUGAUGUCAUAGCACAUUUAGAAACUUUCAAUGAAGAUACAUAUUAUUUCUUAAGGAAAAUAGGUGCAACUAAUCUACAGCAUGAUGAACACACUAGUGACAUCAUAACACGAGAGGUUGACAUCCUACUCCGGGGUUACUCAGAAAUUCAAAAGAAAAAUGGGACGUGUCAAUUCAGUAUGCAGGAUUUAAUAGUCAGGACCUUCCACAGGCCUUGUUGCUAGGGGCUAUAUAAGUCAAAGUGCAGUGCUACCAACUCUGAAUCCUGACCCAGAUUUCUACACCAGAGAACGACUAUAUGCACUUUUCCUAAAACUUUAUCAAACUUCAAAUGGAUAUAGAAUUAGCAAAGCAGAACUUAGGAAAAACAUGUUAAAACAACUGCCUAGUGAUAUGAUCAAGAAAAUCUAUGACAUAUACAAAUAUGAUUUUGAACUGUUUGGUUAUGAAUAUGAAACACAAUAAAAUAUAAC